GUCUUCGCCAAAUUACUUUCAUCUCAAUAAAAACUACAAAAAACCGCCACUCUUUAUUCCAUUCAUCAGACAACAAAAAACUAACACGAUGACGAACUUGCAAGGCGUCUUCAACAAGGGACAGUAGAAAAAAGAGGUGUAUUAAUGGUCGCGGCCAACAGUGUAGGUCGAGAUGGCCUCUCACCUGCCAUGGUCGAGACUGUCGCCGGCCUCUCCGCCGGCACGGCCGCAACGCUCGCCGUGCACCCUCUAGACAUUGUAAAGACGCGCAUGCAGAUCCAUCGCAGCAAUGCAGCCGCGGCAGCAUCGGCGUCAUCGAAACCAGGCCUCGCACAGCAACCACCGCCGCUCAGAGCCGUGGCCGUGCUCAGGAGCCUGGUGCAGACCGAGAAGCCCAUCGCCGCUCUGUACCGAGGGCUGACGCCCAACCUCGUCGGCAACGCCACCAGCUGGGCCUCGUUCUUCUUCUUCAAGAAGCGCUGCGAGCAGGCCAUCCUGUCGCUCAAGAAGCCGCAGCCCGCCGCGGACGGGAGCCUUGUCGUCAAUGAUGGUGACAAGUACGACGACGGCAGCGCCAGGCUCACACCCCAAGACUACUUCGUCAGCUCCGCCGCCGCCGGUGCCGCCGUACAGGUGCUCACCAACCCCGUCUGGGUCCUCAAGACGCGCAUGCUCUCGUCCGAUCGUGGCUCCGUCGGCGCGUACCCCAGCAUGUGGGUCGGCGCCACUCGGGUCUGGCGCGAGGAUGGUCCGCGCGGAUUCUACCGCGGCCUGGGCAUCAGCCUGCUCGGGGUCAGUCACGGCGCCGUCCAGUUCGCCGUGUACGAACCGGCCAAGAGGCUAUACGUUGUGUGGAGGAGUCGGGGACGGCAGCACGAUGCUGCAUCAGCAGCAAAACCAGCAGCAGGAGGCUCCGUCAUGACCAACGAGGCUACCUUGGUCAUCUCGACGGCGGCCAAACUCUUUGCCAAUGCCGUCACGUACCCGUACCAGGUCCUGCGCAGCAGGCUGCAGAACUACGACGCCGAGAACCAGUUCGGCCGCGGUAUCGUCGGGGCCGCUACGCGGCUGUGGCGGGAGGAGGGCGUCAGGGGUUUCUACCGUGGGCUGGUCCCGGGCGUCGUGCGAGUCCUGCCCGCCACCUGGGUCACCUUCCUCGUCUACGAGAACACCAAAUACUACCUGCCAAGAUGGACUGCAGGGAGCCAGGCAUAAGGGUCUACCUUGGGGGUCUUUUCUUUGGGUUUGACCGUGUGGCUCCCCUCGCACCUCUGUCUCUUCCACUCCAAGGUAUUAUCACUCUUCGUCUGCUUCUCUUCCUAUCUCUAUCUAUUCUUUGCCUAUAUUUGCCUACUCGGAACACAAUAGAGUGGCGCAUCAAACAAGUGGCGUGCAUUUUCACACAUGUUCCGGAGCCUCGAACCAAACGACAGCGGAACACACCCCUUUGGACCCUUAUCUAGCUUUCCAGGGCAUUAUGGGUCUUUUAGGGCUCUUGGGCGGUCUGGGGAAGCCGAUGGGGUUUACUCGAACCUCGUGGUCUAGAUCGACAGUAGCAACUUGUUCUUCCAUGGUUGCUAUAACACGGUAGCAGAUCGGUAGGGGUUCCGGGGGGUCAUGAAAAAAAAGAAGGACCGAGAGGCAUCUCCCCGGCCUUGAAUAAUUGGACGAAAGGGUUACUCGGCUCAGUGCGCAUGGCCCCCAUCACAUUAGAAGGUGGUUUGUAUGAAACAUAGAGCGCAAGCUUCAAUCUUUUACGUCCAUA